UUAUGGGUAUCUUCCGAGUAUCUUUCGCCGCGUGCGCUAUAUUGGACAUACAACGAGUGUUGCUCACUUACGUGGAACCAUAACGACUAGGUUAUUCUUCCUCUUUCCAUCUCCUCUCAACAUCCUUGCUUGCAGCUGUUAGCAGCAACACAUCACUCCUUACAGUAAUCAACCAUCUACAACAAUUGACAAAAUGGCAGAUCAACUCACAGAAGAACAGAUUGCUGAGUUCAAGGAGGCUUUCUCCUUGUUUGACAAGGAUGGUGAUGGUACGAUCACAACCAAGGAGUUGGGUACAGUCAUGAGAUCUCUUGGUCAGAACCCUACAGAGGCUGAACUACAGGACAUGAUCAACGAGGUCGAUGCUGAUGGUAACGGAACGAUUGACUUCCCAGAAUUCCUUACGAUGAUGGCGAGGAAGAUGAAGGAGACUGACAGUGAGGAGGAGAUCAGAGAAGCAUUCAGGGUCUUCGACAAGGAUGGCAACGGUUAUAUUAGUGCUGCAGAAUUACGUCACGUGAUGACAAAUCUUGGUGAGAAGUUAACAGACGAAGAGGUCGAUGAGAUGAUCAGGGAAGCCGACAUCGACGGUGACGGACAAGUUAAUUAUGAAGAAUUCGUCACCAUGAUGACUUCAAAGUGAGGUUGGUCAGAUACGACGUCACUUCCGGCCGUUUGUCAACCAGCACCAGCCGUGACAUCGGUGUUGCCAUUUUGCGGAGGGCUUUCAUAUUUGACGGACAAACAAUUCCCGAAUUCUAUUGCACUUUUAAUGUCAGAAGAAACCACAAAUUUCCAAGAAAACUAUCGCAAAACCUCCAUGGUUUUUCGCGCUGUAUUUUCGUGAGAUUUCAUCUAUCAAAGUCACGGAGCUGGAUCUUGAGUGUGAACAGCGCCGAGUGCACACACGUUGGCCCGAAGCAGAAUCUGUAUAUAGACGAUCGACCGCGUUUACAUCCUCGUGAUUAUAUAAAGUGGCAGAGAUGUAUUAUACAAUGAGGACUUAUGUACAUUACAGUAUCACAUCGUGCGUUCCAGUUGUUGUUGUUGUUUUUUUUCAAAGGAAUUUAAUUAUGUUGAUGAUAUCCACCAAAAUAAAAGACUUUAUUGAUUCGAUGAAAUUGAAAUACAAAGACAAACAACUACGUCCCAGAAUUGAUUAUUGAUCAAAUUUUUACUGAUUUCCACUUAAUAUUAUAUUUGUAAUCCUAUGUAGCAAACAGUUAUUUUACGAGCAAGUGAACAAUGGUGUAUAUCCCAGUCAUUUGGAAACAGACUAGGCCUUACUACAAAUGCUGACAGUAAACCAGGGUGCAAAAUCUAUAGCUGAACCGAUUCAUUGCAAAAGGAAAAUCAUGUCAUUUAGACUAAUGUGCACCUCACAAUUAUACUAAUGACAAUUUACUCAUUCCAUGUGUUUAGCGAGAAAAAAAAUCAUCAGUUUUGGAAUAAAAAAGGAAUGUUU